GUGUGUAUUUGUGUGUGUGCUGUACCGGGCUGUAGGACGAGUGAAAUAAGAAAGCUUUAUAAAGAUAAUAAGCUACACAUUUCAGGGGAAACAGAACAAAACUUUGAUCGAUGAUUCUUAGACCUGUUUUUCUAUUAAUUAUGUUACUUUCAGUGGUGAAAUAAUUCUCAGAUAUUUUACUUAAGUAAAAGUAGCCACUGUUACAAUAAGUCAAAUUGUGCAAAGUAUUAACAAAAUACACUUUAUGCAGAAUCACCUAUUUCAUAAUAGUAUUAUAUAAUUUCAUUAUCAUUCUUGAUGCAUUAAUAUGUAAGACUUUCUUUAAUGUCCUUUAGCCUGAUGCCAGCUGGGAUUGGCUCCAGCCCCCCGCGACCCUGGACGCAGGAUAAGCGGUUGACGAUGGAUGGAUGGACUUUCUUUAUGUUGCAGCUGUUAAGAUGUAGUAAUCUCCGAAGCAGGAGGUGGUGGUAAUGCACAACAUGCUGGUUACCAAACGCCGAUCAAACCCAGAAAGAAGAAGAAGAAGAAAAAGCAGACGAGUGGGACUAAUGACAACCGAACUGAGGAGGUGUAGUUAACAGCAGAUCCCGCUGCGGCUCAUUUGCCAGACCAAGAGAACCUUUUAACUUUACUCUAGCGAUCAGGAAGUCCAGGGUAUCUUCUUGUCCUCCAAAAUGUCUAAGCUACACCAGCUCAAACUCUUUGUGAAGGAGCGACUGACAGAGGCAGCGGAGGAGAUCUUCGGUGCGGUGGAAAGAACGAUAUUAGAGUAUCAUGCUGACAUUUAUUCACCUAAGGAGGAGCUGCCGACGCUAGCUGCAGGUCUGGAGGAGGUGCAGGUGUUCACAGCAGAUGUGAGAUGAAGUGACCACAGAACGGGGAUAUUGAGAGCCAGUCUCCCAGGAGGUCAGCAUGUCUGAAGCAGAGGCCUCCACCCAGCCAUCACACGCUGAAGGUCAGGUGUUUGUGAAGCAGGACACAUCAGGACCAGGAUUACCAGAGCUUCAGGAACACUGGCCCGGCCAGCAUGAAAGGAAACCGCAGGACCUGUUAGGUGACGCUGCUACUUGUUUAAAGUGUGAGAGCACUCUGUCAUCUUGUUGCUGCCAGACCCAAACUGUAGCCAGUGGAGAUCUUCUUCCUGGAACUUCAACUGAGUGGGUGCAAACAGAAGAGGAAACAGAUGGUUGUGGAGGGUCAGAUUUCCAGCAGCCCCUCUCUUCAGAUUGUGGGGACGGAAAUAAUACUAGUGAUGCUGAAUGGACGGAGAGUGGAGGAUCUAACUCCAGUUCAAACACAGUGAAGUCAAAGAGAAGGGCAAAGCGAAGACAAAACCGCCCCAUCUUGAACAUUAAGCAAAUGACAAAUCUAAGACCUUUUUGUUGUGCAAUGUGUGGAGAAUCUUUCCACUACAGGAGUUUAUUAAUGAAGCAUGUUAAAUCACAUGCAAACAAUGCAACUGGUCUCUGUCCCACAAACCAAGCAUCUACAGAAAGUGGGAUCGAACCCGACGAAAGACACAGGGAGGACAAUCUGUGUUAUGUCUGUGGCAAAACAUUUACCACAAGGUCCCAUUUAAAAAGGCACUUGCUGGUUCACACAGGUCAGAAACCACACUGUUGUAAAGAAUGUGGCAAAAGAUUUGCACGAGGUGAAUGUCUGAGAAUACACAUGAGGAUCCACACGGUGGACAAGCCAUACACAUGUGAAGUCUGUGGGAAAGGAUUCAAGCAGAGGGGCAACAUGAUGUGUCACAUAAGAACCCACACAGGAGAGAAACCCCAUCACUGUGGCAUCUGCUCCAGACCGUUUGCAUAUAAAAAGGACAUGAUGAGACACAUGCAAGUCCACGCAAAGACGACGUGAAAUCCCAUUGUGAGGUUUCAUUCACAUAAAAAAAAAAAAACAGCUGUCAGUGAUGUACUGUUGGGUCGAUCUUGUAUUAUUUUUCUUCAAAUAACUGACCCUAUGUAGACAGUGUGACGUCACACCUGGAUAUUUGCGAUUGACAUGAGAUUUUGUCUGUAGGAAAUGUUGCACUGAUCUAAGACAUUGAAGUAGAAUUUUGGUAGAACAAAAACAGCAUUUGUGCAACAGUGGAUGUUUUUUUUUAGGAUUGUGUCAAACAUGACGUCCGGGCCAGUCCUAGUUUUUGGGAUUUAGGGUUGAGCCGUGCAUGCAAAUGAGGAGGCGUGGCCCAAAGGCUGCAGGGAGGGUUUGGAAGGGCUGAGGCACAGAGGCACUUUAUGGACUGCAGGGGGAGCUCUGACUGCUAGUGUUGUGUCGUUCAAUGAACGUUUCAUUCAUAAGACCUAAUCGCGUGUAUGACGACUCGGGAGGAACGGGUUGUCUCAGUGACUAAUUCGUUCAUUUUCACGCAUGCGUGAAGGAUCUUGGACACUUACGUUCACUCGUCACACGGCAGCUGCCUGGGCUUCGUCAGCACAGGAAAUAGAAUUGAUUAGUUCACGACUGUCAACUGUGGGUCUGUUUGAGUCGUUCAUUUGUCUCGUGACAGCUCGGCUACAGGGCUGUGGUAAGCAGGCAGCACAGGAAACAGAACUGAUUAGUUCAC